AUGCAGCUAAUGUUAAUGGCACUACCAUUGCUCCUGCUCCUUGCGGCCAGCGAGAGCCUCACGGCGACGACGACUGGUGGUGGUGGGUGUCCGGCGAGCUGCGGCGGCGUGGACAUCCCCUACCCCUUCGGCAUCAGCCCGGGCUGCUUCCGCAAGGGGUUCGAGAUCGGGUGCAGCAGCAAGGACGGCCCUGUCCUCGCCGGCACGCCUCUCCGGGUGGUGCACCUGUCGGUGGAUCCCGACGAGUCGCUGGUGAUGCUCCCCAUGGGGUGGAAGUGCUACAACGCCUCCAGCCCAACCGACGCCGUGGGCUCGAGCUACGGGGAGACGACGAUGAACAAGGACGGCGUGUACCGCAUCUCCCACACGCACAACAUGCUCGUCGUCAACGGCUGCAACACCAUGGGCUACACCGCCAGCACGGCGACCGAGGGCGGCGCCUCGGCCGCCUACGCCUACUACACCGGCUGCAUGUCCUACUGCAACAACUCGGCCAGCGCGCAGGACGGCCUCUGCUCCGGCGUCGGGUGCUGCCAUGUCGACAUCCCGCCGGGGCUCACCCACAACUACUUCAAAUUCAGCGCCUACUCCCACGAGAACAUGAUGGAGUACAGCCCCUGCGACUACGCCUUCCUCGUCGACAGGACCAACUACACCUUCCGCCGCUCCGACCUCAAGAUGGACACCAACCGGACCUCGCCGGUGUGGCUCGACUGGGCCAUUCGCGGCAACGGCGACAACGACACACACUUGUGCAAACAGGCGGCGGCCGCAACGGAUCAGUACGCAUGCGUCAGCGCGCAUAGCGACUGCAUCGACUCCGCCAAUGGCCCCGGCUACAACUGCAAGUGCUCCAAAGGAUACAAGGGCAACGCCUACAUCGUCCAAGGAUGCACAAAUAUAGAUGAGUGUGCUGAUCCAGGCAAGUAUCCUUGCAAAGGUGUAUGUACGGACACCAAUGGAUCGUACCAAUGCGAAUGUCCUCCAGGUUAUCGGAGCUAUGACCCAAUAACCGAACGAUGUACCCCAAAGUUUCCACUUGCAGCACAGAUUUCCGUAGGUGCAAUAGGUGGCCUUCUUGUCUUGGCAUUUCUGGCAUUCAUUGUUGUUCUUCGCAAAGAGAAGCAGAAGGCCAAGGACUUUUACCGGAAGAAUGGUGGUCUUACAUUAGAGAAUGCUAGAAGUAUUAAGAUUUACACAAAGGACGAGCUCAAGCCAGUUUUAAAGAGUAGCAAUUUAAUUGGUAAAGGUGGCUUUGGUGAAGUUUACAAGGGUGUUGUUGAUGGAGUUGUGGUCGCAGUAAAGAAACCGAUUAGUGGUAGUGUGCUGGAGAACAAGCAAUUUCCAAAUGAAGUCUCCAUCCUGUCUCAAGUCAUCCACAAGAACAUCGUAAGGCUUAUAGGUUGCUGCCUAGAGGUGGAUACCCCCAUGCUUGUAUAUGAAUUCAUCUCCAAAGGAAGCCUGGAAGACAUUCUUCACAAGGAGCUUCUCAACUUGGAUGUGCGUGUAAGUAUUCUUCAAGAAUCAGCACAUGGUCUAGCUUACAUGCACUCACAAGCCCACACCAAAAUCUUGCACGGUGAUGUUAAACCAGCAAACAUACUUUUGAAUGACAACUUUGUGCCGAAGAUAUCAGACUUUGGCAUAUCUAGGUUAAUUGCAGUAGACAAGGAACACACUGCAAACAUCAUAGGUGACAUGACUUAUAUGGAUCCAGUAUACCUACAAACAGGCUUACUGACAGAAAAAAGUGAUGUCUAUAGUUUUGGGGUUGUCAUCUUAGAACUCAUUAGCAGAAAGAAGGCCACUCAUUCUGACAAUAACAGCUUAGUGAGGAGCUUCUUGGAGUGUCACCAAAAAGGGAAGAAAGCGACCGAGUUGUUUGAUGAGAACAUUGCAACAACAGAUGAUUUGGAGUUUCUUGACAAACUGGCAAAGCUCGCUAUGGAGUGUCUUAACCUUGAUGCUGACCAAAGACCAUCAAUGACAGAUGUUGCAGAGCGCCUUCUCAUACUGCAUAGGUCCCGUAAGCAGUAGGUUGGUUUCUGGUCGGAUUUAAGUUUCAAUAGCAUGUAGUAUGUUACAUCCAAUAAGAUAGGUAACUAUCAGUGUGUCAACCUUUGUUAUAUUUGAUGUUCCAAGACAAUGUGUACUGUUAUUGUGAGUAA